ACCCUCAAGAGCCCUCGCCCCGCCAUUGAGGCAGGGAGUUCCCAGCAGGCCGCGGCGAGAUUCCCCGUCGUCCAGCAGGGGGCUCUGGCGUUUGCAAUCAGGGGGGCUUCUUGGCUUUGUUUGAACUGGGCCGCUUGGCAGCGUUGUGUUAGUUUCCUGGGUCAGAGGUAGCUCUUGCUGCAAGCAGCCGCCUCCUUCUGCUGCUCUUCCAUUGUAGGCGAGGCGGGCGAGUUGCAGGCGCGGGGCUGCUCUCGCGCCCUUCCCCGAAGCCCGGGCGGCGCGCGGCGGCGAUGUAGGCGGCCGCGCGGACCUUUUGCACCCCCCGACUUCGCGGCACAAAGCGGCUCCGCGGCUUUUCCGCCAACCCGGUCUGCGCACCUCCGCGGGACGCGGCGCCCGCCGCUGCCGCCUUUAUGAGCUCGGCCGGCCGGGAGCACAAGGUGAGAGGAGGUCACAGGAUGAGCCAUAUGGAGGAGAACUUUAGCCCUGAAGAGGCUCGCUCUCAGCUGGUGACCAAAAGAAAAUUGCUUAAGAUGCUAAGCUUAAGCCCUGGACACAGCCAAGCCCGCGGGCCUGAAACAAGGGAGAAGAAAAUACCAUCGAUGACAUGGCCUGUGAAACCAGUGCAUACCAUCAAGAAACGCAAAGCCUUUUUGGUGCAUCGGGGUACCCAGACAGAAGAGAUCCCAGAUAUCUGCAUUGAAUGUGGGAAGGUCUUCAUCCAGAACUCCAGCCUGAUCAGCCCGUGGCCUGUUCAGAGCGACGAUAAGCCGCACAAGUGUUCCGAAUGCGGGAAAAGCUUUUCUGUCCGUUCCAGCCUCAACCGACAUCAGAGAAUCCACACCGGGGAAAAGCCAUACAUCUGCCUCGACUGCGGCAAGCGAUUCAACGAUAAGUCGAACCUUACUCAGCACCAACGGAUCCACACGGGCGAGAAGCCCUACGAGUGCAUUGACUGUGGCAAAAGUUACAGCCGCAGCUCUCACAAGAAGAAGCAUUUGAAGGACCCGGUGGAAGAGCUGCAAGAGGUCUGCGCCCCAGUGGGCAGGGCCAACGCCAGUGCCGUUGACGAGAAACCCAAAGGGAAACAGAAAGCGGAAGUGAUGAACACAUGUACGGAGUGCCUGAGGAGUUUCGGCCACAACGCUGACCUGAUCAAGCACAUGCGCAUCCACACGGGGGAGAAACCCUACAAGUGUAACAUCUGCGAGAAGAGCUUCAACGUCAGUUCUAACCUCUUUCGACACCAGAGAAUCCACACCGGCGAAAAGCCGUACGUGUGUUCCGAGUGUGGGAAUUGCUUCACUGACAAAUCGACCCUGGUCCAGCACCAUCGGAUCCACACCGGGGAGAAACCUUAUGCUUGCCGGUUCUGUGGCAAAUGUUUCAUUUAUACGUCGGACCUGGUCAAACACAUGCGCAUCCACACGGGCGAGAAGCCCUUUGAGUGCAGCCACUGUGGGAAGUGCUUCAAUGUCAGCUCCAACCUUAUCCGGCACAAGAGGAUCCACACAGGGGAGAAACCUUACACCUGCUCCGUCUGUGGGAAGAGCUUCACCGACAAAUCCACCCUCACCCAGCAUAACCGCAUCCAUACGGGAGAGAAGCCGUACACCUGUAGUUACUGCGGGAAAAGCUUCAGCCGGAGUUCUCACCACAAGAGGCACCAGCGGAUCCAUGCGGGAGAAAAUCCAGUCUCUCUCCUGCCUCUGUGGCCUUAUCCUAACCAAAUGUACUGAGGGCCCUUUUAUUGGAUGAGGCAGAAUUUCUACUAGACAUUUGCAGCUGAUGGGUCAACCUGGUUUUUACAUGGGUGGUGUUUGGAAUCCAGGGCAGGAAUGGUGUUUCGAAUCUGGUGUGGGGCACGCUCACUCUACUUAUCAGUCACUCUUUAAAGAAAAGUGUCACACUGUGAGACUUGGAAAAAAUGUAGUAGUUUCUUUAAGAUAUUGUUGACCGGCAUGCGAGUGGUGCGGUGGCCUAGAGGUAGAGUUCUCACCUCACAAUCAGGAGGCUGUGAGUUCGAUCCUCUGUAGAGGCAGAUAUUUCUCUCUCUGGGCACAUUGGGAAUAUAUCUGCUGAACACAGCUCCACAUUGGCGACAGGAAGGGCAUCCGGCCAGUAAACACUCAGCUCCAUUCGGUUGCCCAGACUCCACCCAGCAAGGGAAUAUUAAAGAUGAUAAUUGUUGCCCGGCAUGCCACAGCAGUCCUAAAACACCUUUCCCAUUUUAGAUGGGAAGGCUAUACAGGUAGUCCUUGUUUGGCAUCUAUCUUGUUUAGUAACCAUUGUUAAAUUUAGAACUGUGAUGGCACAGUUGUUCUGUCCUCCCUCGCCUCCGUCCGAGUGAUGGCUUAAUUAGCCAGCACUAUCAGCUCUGGCAGCAGAAUAGCCAGCGUUUGCCAAGAGCCUCCGUUAUCUUCCACGACGCUGGUGAGUCACCCAGAAACAAACGUCAGCUCUUAAUCAGUGGAUUUGCCUGUCACAAAGAGACACAGCAGCUCUCGCUGCCUUUUAUAUCCUGUGGGGUGUGGCUCCAUGACUCAGUACUUCCUGGGCUUGCCCCACCCUUGCUUCUGUUGUUCCCUCCUCCACCUGGCCUGCCUCUGGCUCCUGGAGCUGAGCCAGGGAAGCCGGUGCUCCCGAGGUAAGUCCUGACGGCCCUUCCCCCUCACCGUCCAAGUCACUUUCUGGCAGCAGGCCCAGCUCCAAGUCACUUUCUGGCAGCAGGGCCAGCUCGUGGGGCGCAGACAUAACAGUGGUUAAAAUGCAGCAUUGUAGACUAAUUCUGUGACUGCCAGGAGUUCGAUCCUGACCGGCUCAAGGUUGACUCAACCUUCCAUCCUACCGAGAUUGGUAAAAUGGGGACCCAGAUUGUUGGGGAACAAUAUGCUGACCCUGUAAACCGCUUAGAGAGGGCUGUAAAGCACUGUGAUGCAGUAUAUAUAAGUUUAGGUGAUAUUGCUAUUGCUAAACAAGGAUUACCUGUACAUUCUGAUAUUUACUUCACAUGCAUCUAAAUGGCCUAAGACUAUUCCACAUUCCAGGACAGACGAGAGAGAAAGGUUGGAAUUUUCAUCUGCCAAAGUCAAGAUCCUUUCCGUGAAUGGGAUUGUGGUGCUUUCACCAAAACUCAGUUUUGCUUCUCUUUUGCAGGGAUUCCUGCUCUAUCUGGAUUUUUCCUUCCAGAAGUUAUCUCGUUUUGUCAAAAGGCAUAAUCAAAUGCGCAGACAGAUUUUGUAACUGUUAAUAGAAUAUUGUUGUAAUUUAAUAAACAGGUUUAAUGCAUGAUGUUUAUAGAUCUAAUUGGCGCUGUUGCACUGAGCAUGUGACGAAGCCAGUUGGGUGUAGCGAUUAAAGCACCAUGCUAGAAACCAGGAGAUUGUGAAUUCUAGUCCUGCUUGAGGCCAGCUGGCCGAGUCUCUCUCAGACCUCAAAGAAGGAGGUAAGGGCAAAAAAGGGCCGUAAUAGCUCAGGCUGUUAGAAGCCUGUUAUUAGAACACAGU